AUGACGAUCGGAGAGUUUCCAUCGGAAUCACUUGGUACGUCUUUGCUUCCCUCGCUUCCAGAAGAUAUAUUUGCUGUUAUCUCUCGUUCUCUUUCUCCAAGCGACAUUUGCAACUUAAGCUUUUGCAGCAAAAGCCUAUGCGCCCUUGUGGGUUCCGAGGAGAUCUGGCUUGCACAAUGUGAGCUUGUAAAGGCUCUUCCUUUAUCUGAAAUCCUACAGUGGCGAAUAGGGAUUCGUUCUUACAAGGUGCUUUGUCGGUUUCUUGUUGAGGUAAUGAAGCCUCUUGCUGGGAUUUGGGUUCAACGAAACCCUGAACUUGGGAAUGUUGUUUAUGUCAUGCCUGGUUUCUUGUCUCUUGUUGGUUGCCGGAUGAUUCCACAAAGGGUUGGUCCUUUGGGGAUUCAAGAAGGUCGGGUGGUGUGGUCGCCGGUGUUUGAGAUAAUCUGCGGUUUUGAUGGCUCCAACAAGUUUUUCCUCCACGGAAGAGACGGGAAAGACAGUUGCUUGUACCCUGGAUUUGUUACUGGUAUCGAGAAGACUUGCAAUGUGCUUCAUCUCGAGGUUGAGCCAAGGCGGGAGAAGAAGUUGUUGUGCAGUGAGAUUGAUAGAGAAGAAGCUUCAAGAAAGGUAUCAUUCUCGGAGCUCACUUUAAAAGAUAAAACGGACUUACUGGAGCUAGUGACAAGCCAUGUAGGUCUGCAUGAUGGUUCUGAACCAUUAGCAGGAAGGUUGUUUCCGACGUCGAAAGAUGAUGAGAGUAUGUCGUUGGAACGAAGAACCAUGCUCCUUAAAAUGCACAAGUUUGGUGGCAAUUGGAAGCACAAGAACCUGGAGGAGGAGAAAGAGUUGUGUUACAAUCCUAUGCACGUAGACAUAGAAAGGAUUUGGAAGAAUCUUGCUCAUGACAAUAAGGAUAUAGAUAGUGAUGAUGAUGAUAAUGAUUUCGGUGAUUACCAUGACUUCAUGGACUAUAAAGAGAGUAAGAAAGAGCAUCGCCAAAGCUUUCUUAGCGCUGGUGAUACAUUUGGUCUUAGUCUCAGAGCUUCCUACGAUGAGGUCUCUUCUUACUUAGGCUGGCCAGACAUGAGUUAUAACCACUUUUCCCUCUAUAAAAUACCGGUUAAGAGUCCCAUGAAGGACCAAGUGUAUGCCGGUUUAUGGGGAGGAACUUUUGGAUGGCCGCCUGGGACAUUUGUUGAAGAUUAUGAAGGUAAAACGGGCAAUGCAUUUUACUUACUGAUGCUCACUUAUGAGCAAUCUCAAGAGGAUAGAGGUAAGAUACUCCUUGUCGGGCAGAAAAUACUCGAAGGCACUGAGGAGGUGAAGCGUCCUACUGGAUCCAAUAUGUUUGUUGUGGAUGUCGAUGCACCUUCCCUUGAGCCCUUUCCGUUUGAUGCAGAUGGAAGAGAGUUUGAGCAUUCUUUCCAGGGAGAUGGUAUCGCAGAUGGUUAUGGAUUCCGGAAUACGAGUUCAGUACCGGGUUCUCUGUACGUGAUCUCUAAUGAUCAUCUCGCAUUUGUUUGGAGAGAAACUAGAGAUGUGUUUACAUUGCAAAGACUAAACCUUGAAGAGAUCUUGAAGAGAGGUUUAGGUGUGUGCGUCCCUCCUCUGCGUCCAACUAUGAAUUUUACUUACAUGGAAAGAUUAUUCCACAACGUGUUUCUCUAG